ACACUCGGGUUGGUCUUGACCAGCCUCUUCACUCACCGUUGGUUUACCGUAUUCAUUCUCUAUGCCCUCACCAGACAAGGACGUUUCCAUGCAGGAUUCCAGUGAAAAUGGAGCUGUGCUAAAGAACGUUGUGGAGGCUGCACAGGAGUUUGUGGAGACCAUACAACCCAUAGAGAGCGGUGAAGGAAGUUCGUCCAGUGGUAGCUCAGAGGAAAAGGCUGAAGACUCAGGGUCCGGAGAGAGCAAGUCGACCAUGGAAGAACGGAAAGCGAAAAUGGAACGGCUAAGAGCAAAGAUGCGAAAUUCGACGCAAGCCAAUCGCGCUUCUCUCGUUGAAGAGUCUGCCAAAGCUAAAAUAACUGCGCGAGACGCCGCACGACUCGAGCGUCAGCGUAAACUUGCAGAGAUCUUGCGUACAAAAGCUGACGCAGAGGAACGUGGGGAGGAUGUGGAGAGGGACAAGAACUGGGAAUGGACCAUCGAAGACAACGACAACUGGGAGAAAAAGAAGGCACGCAAAGCACGGCGAGCAGAUUUCGAAUUUCACGAUGAUGCCCACGCUGCUAGACGGCGGUAUAAAAAGGACCUUGAUUUGAUCAAGCCAGACCUCGAGGCAUACAAUCGACAAAAAGAACUAGCAAUGGGGCUAGCUCCAGGCUCACUUGCCAAUUUGGGUGGUGGUGGCCCUUCAUCAUCUUCCUUCGCACUAACGACCUUUAACUCUACCGGGAGUCAGUUGGUGCCUAGUGAUCAACAAAGGAUUGCUGCUGAAAGCUUUUAUCGUGAUGCCAACACUCUUCUUUAUGCCGAUAACAAGCCAACAGAAGAUGCCAUUGACCGUGUUGUGGGCAAAAUCAAUAGAGACAUUGACAAAAAGGGCAAAUUCUCGCGCAAGAGACUCAAUGAGGAAGAGGGUGACAUCACCUAUAUCAACGAGCGUAAUAGGGUAUUCAACAAGAAGAUUGCCAGAUAUUAUGACAAGUAUACUGCAGAGAUUCGGGCGAGUUUCGAACGUGGUACAGCGUUGUGAAUCGAAUGAGAUAUUUAUUUGUUUGAUUAGAGGGUAUGUUAUGCGUGUAAUCUUGUAUCAUCAUUUCUUUCAUGGACAUUCAAGAAAGAAAUCUAAACAGUCCAUCCGACUCCAUUGCUAUAUUUUGAGAAUAGCAGUAGAACAUAAUUUGCAUACUGUCCUGAUUGACAACAAAACU